AUGAGAUUAGCAGUGAAAAUUUUCUUCAUUACCUUUGUAAUUGAAAAUUUCGCUGAGAGUUUUUCAUAUCAGCGAUCAUUUCGACAAUCUGAAAUCUGUGGCUAUCACAAUGGCCAUAGAAAAUAUUUAGAGUUGGGUGAUAAUGGAGAAAUGUUUGCUAGCAACAUCACAAUACCGCAAAACGUUAAAGAUAUAACAAAAGGUUUUAAUCAAUCCUUAACAUUGCAAUGUUCUUUGGAGCUUGUAACAUGUCCAUCAUGCAUAAUUAAAAUCAAAUUUACCUAUGCGAAUCUUCUGUCAAAUUGCGAACAUGCCAAAGACGAUUCAAGCGUUUGUCGUUGUGAUCACAUUACAUUUAAUGAACCACCUUACAACAAUAAACAGAAUACUGUUUAUAAUUGUGGAUCUGCAACGACUUAUCGAUCAAAAACACGAUCAGUUUUAAUUAAAUUUAUUUAUUGGAAUAACUAUGCAGACGCUUUUCAUUUUGAGUAUGUGGCUGAACGUAAUCGCGAAAUCAUAACAAUGACUCCUGGUGAGUCAACAGAACUAAACAACGUCAUUCUUGAGUCUCCUUUCUUUCCUCAACCAUAUCCACGUGACCACAGCAUGGAACAUGUUCUCACAUGUGACAUCGAUAAAUGUCGAAUUCGUUUAGUGUUCUCUGACUUUCAGCUUUCACGGUCAUCAACGAUUGAAUUCUUUGAUACAAAUGGUGAAAGACUUUUCGUGACAGGAAAUCUUUUUCGUCCACCAAUUCUUCUUAGUUCUGGGCCGAGUUUGAUGGUGAAAUUCUCAGCAAAUGACGACACUGACAUUGGCUAUCGUGCGAAAGCAACUUUCUUGACUGUUGAAGAAUCUUCAAAUUCAAAUUUAAAAGUUCAAAUUGGGUGUGGUGGUUUAGUUGAAUCAGUUGGUGGUGCAAUCACAAUGAUGAACAUGGUUUCAAAGAAUGUUAAUGAAAGCGAUAAUCAGAACAAUUUUGACUGCAUUUGGCUUGUUCGACCACCGCAAGGCUAUAUGCGGAUCAAGACACAUAUCUCAUUAAAGGUUGAAGUAUUCGAGAAGAUGGCAGGGAAAUCUGAGAUAAUUAUCAUCGAAGGAAUGACUUCAAACCGUCCGAUUCUUGAACAACUUGAAUCGUCAACUGAAACUUCAGUUUCAUCAAGAAAUCUUGUUUUGCCGAUUUCGUCAGGUUUCUACAUACGAUUAAGAGGGAAAUUCAAUUCUGAAUCACGUCUUGCAAUUGUCUACACAGCAUUCAGUUAUUCACAAUGUUACUUGGGCGACAUUGAAUGUCAAAAUCAAAGAUGCAUUCCAAUGAUUUUAAAAUGCGAUGGUUUUAAUCAAUGUGGUGAUAAUUCAGAUGAACCUGAAACAUGUCCAAACGAAUGGGCUAACAGUGUUGUUGACCGUCGAUGGUAUUCUCAUACACCAAAUUAUUAUUUUCCUAAAAAUGAACGAUUUCCAGAUUUCAAGAUAACAACUUUAGCAUUUAUUGUCAGUUCAACAUCAUUCAUGUUUGUGAUUGUUUGUUUAAUCAUGACAAUUUAUCGUAAUGGCAACAGAGUUCGUGAACAAGAAGAACUUCAAAAUCAAUUGCAAACUAUAAGUCAAUUGUUGGGUUGGUUAAACUUUUUUUUAAUGAUUAAUGGCAACAAUAAUAAUAACAACAAUCGUGAAGAAGUUAUUGAACCACCGCCAUUAUAUGAAGCGCCUCCGAAUUACGAUGAAGUUAUUAAGAUUGGAAUGGAUGAACAAAUUAAUAGCAGCAAGAGGGAAAGACGAUCGGGACGAAAGAGUCGCAUGCAUAGAGCAAGACGCUCAGACGAUCCCGCAGUUUCAUAUCAAAAUGAAUUGUUACAAGUCGCUAGAGAUGACAGCGAUAUUCCAUCUACAAGUUCUAUCGGAUCAGAUUCGUCAUAUUUCUAUUCAAGAAACGCAAGUCACGAUAGUUUUUUGCCGUCAAUUCACAUGCUGGAAAUUACAGAAACGUCUGAGACAACAACGUCAUGUACGGUCGAAGGUUGUGGGCACCAAACGACAAGAGUUCAAGACUUUCCAAAUGCAAUUACAACAAGGAGCCCAUUUCAGAGUUCCUCAAAUGACUCGUUAAAUUCUUCUUCGUCAAAUUUCAAUCGAUCAUCUGAUAAUUUAAUUCCAAGACAUCUUUGGUCAGACGAGAGUAAAUUCAGAAAAUCUUGGAUUUUAUUCAAUUCAGAUGAUCAAAGAUUGGCGCCUUAUGAUAAAAUUAAUUUAACACGAUCACCAAUUGAUGGAUCAUAUCAGCAACACGAAAGUUUAACAACGCCGAGAGAUUCCAUCGUCAGUUUAAAUUCAUGUUUUUGUGACUCAUCGCAAUCAAUCUUCAGUGAAAAUUUUAAAACUUCUUUAAUGAUACAAAAGUUGGAGUGCGAUCGUUGUAGGAAUUUAAUUUUGCGACAGGAAAAUCGUCGAUGUUCAAUGUGCAUGAAUUGUGUGGAAAAACUUUAUUCACCGAAAACUUGCAAUGGAUGCAAUGGAAGAAUUUCAUUUCAUGAUCUUAAAUUGAUAAGAAUGAAUUCUGACAAGCGAGUUGAUGUCACAAGAAAUUAUUCUGUUGACAAUUUUAAUCUGAAACUUUGCAAUUGUUUCCCAAAAUUUCCAUCACAACGAUUAAGUUCAAUUCAAACGAGUGAUCCUAAUGAGAUUCAAAUUCUUCCACAAAUCACACGUAAAGCUUGUUCUUACACUGAACUCUUAAAGUUUCAAAGAAAAAAGGCGAUAAGUCCCCAAUUUCACUCUCAAAGUUGCCUACCUAACAAAGUACUUCAAAGUGAUGACUCGUCAUGUGGAGAAGAUUAAAUAUUAAUUACAUUAACUGAUGAUUGUGUCAAAGGAAAAUUAUUUAAUUUAAAUUAAUCUCUGAAAAUAUAUUUCUUGAAAUAAAAUUAAAAUGUUAAUUAAAAUAGAACAAAA